GCGCCCCGCUGAGGCAUAUCUGAUGCGUCUCGCAAGGCACCAUGGUUUCCAGAAGUGCGCGUCCAACAACUUGCGGCAAGGAUCGUCAUGCAGACUACGCAUGAAACACUAUUCUCAAUCACGUCCCCACGUGUGCUUGUUCCAGUCUGUCAGACCACCCUCGGUAGUUACGGAGAUCUAACGGUCGUCCGUCUUAGCCGUGGCUGGCAGGGAUGCAGGUUAUAAAGCCGCGCAUUCCUCUCUUUGCCACCAUCCAACUUUCUUCUAACCACCCUCCACCUCAUUCCUCUCCUGCCUUAGAAGUCCAACAAACUAAGGCAUGCCUUCUUUCGCCACCAAGGGCCUGGCCUCCCUGGCCCUAGGCGCCUCCCUUGUCCACGCCCAAUUGUGGGAUGAAGUCAUUCAAACUAGCUAUGGUCCCGUGCAGGGCUUCCAAUACUUCAACCAGUCGACCCUGGAGAAGUACUUCGGCGUCUCGGAGUCCAACGUGACCGCCUUUUUGGGUGUUCCCUUCGCCGCGGACACGGGCUACGAGAACCGUUGGAAGGCUCCGCAGCCGCGCACGCCGUGGAAUGAGACGCUUCAGGCGACGGCGUUCGGCCCGGCCUGCCCCAGCCAGUACGCCACGGACAUCAGCGAGGACUGCCUCAGCCUGAACCUAUGGACCAACGCAGGGAGCGCCAGCGACAAACUCCCUGUCAUGGUGUGGAACCAAGGCAGCGACGAGACCUCAGACGACGCGUGGUGGUACGGCGGCGGCAUGGCGCUCAAGGACGUGAUCCUGAUCACCUUCAACCGACGCGACGACGCCUUCGGCUACCUGGCGCACCCGGAACUCAAUGAGGAAGGGCUGCAGCUCACCGGCCACAACACCUCCGGGAACUACGGCGUCCUCGACCAGCUGGAGGUGCUGAAGUGGGUGCGCAACAACAUCGCCCAGUUCGGCGGCGACCCGGACCGCGUCGUCGUCGCGGGCCAGUCCUUCGGCUCGUCGCAGGUCUACCACGCCGUCAACAGCCCGCUGUUCACCGGCUACUUCCACGGCGGCAUCUCCGAGUCCGGCAUCCGGUACCCCUACGACCCGCUCCUGGCGGGCUUGGCCACCUCCUACGUGAACAUGUCCACCGCCAUCUUCCACGGCAUUAACUACACGACCUUCCACAACGCCAGCAGCAUCGCCGAACUCCGCACUCUGAGCAUGGAGGACCUGCUGGUGGGCUCCCAGGACCGCGUUAACAGCACCUGGAUCGACCCCAUCACCGCCCUCUCGGCGGGAUACCCGCUCAUCUUCAAGCCCGUCCUCGACGGCUACGUCCUGCCCUCGACCUACCUCGAAACCCUGAUCAACGGGCCCGCCAACGACGUCCCCGUGAUCACCGGCAACACGAAGGACGAGUCCGGCGCCUCGACCACGACCUCCUACACCGUCAAGCAGUACGAAGCCUACACCAAGGCCAAGUACGGGGACCUGUACGACGAGUACAUCCGCCUGUACCCGGACAACGGCACCGCCGCGACGGGCGACCGCUCCUGGAACGCCGCCGCCCGCGACGCCUCGCUCAUCGGCUCCUGGGCCUACGCGACGGACUGGUACAAGGCCGCCACUUCCGACUUCUACACCUACUACUGGACGCACGCCCCGCCCGGCCAGGACCAGGGCGCCUUCCACCAGUCGGAGAUCAUGUACGCGUUGAACGCGCUGUACGCGAACGUGGACACCUACCCGUUCACGGACGCGGAUUGGGAGAUCCAGGAGCGCAUGUCGGCGUAUUGGGCCAACUUUGCGAAGACCCUGGACCCGAACGAGGGUGGGUCGUACACGGGGAACGGCACGUUGCCGGUGUGGCGGCCGAACAGUAAGAACGGGACGCAGGUGGUGAUGGAGUUGGGCAAUGCGUUCGGCGAUGUGGCGAUCGCGGAGAAGCCGCAGGUCAAGUUUAUGAUGAAGUGGUUUCAUGAGCAGACUCCUUACUAG